AUGAAUUUGUUUUUUUAUGUAUUUGCACGAUCAUAUUUUAAUGAUCUUUCAUAUGGUAUAUCUCAUCGAGUAGAAUCUUUAGAAGAUGGAUAUUUGUUUGAAAAGCAAGUUUUUAGUACAAUAAAAUAUAAUUUUUUGUAUGAUGAUAGUUGUUGCCAAUUAAUAUUUGAUAAAAAUACAUGGUCAUCAUCAGCAAAUACUUCUUUAUUUACAAGUGAUAUAUUAACAAAAUUAGAAGAUAUCACUAAAGAGAAUCCAAAAUUUGGUGGAAAUAUAAGAAAUAUACAGUAUUUUGGAAUUGAAUAUUUUCGUAAUAUAAAACUUACAUAUGAAUAA